GCGUGCCCCGCGCGCCCCCCAACCGGCUCCGGAUGCGCUUCUCGAUCUUAACCCACAGUUGCAGUCCCUCUGACCCUGGUCCCUCCCACUGCAGGCUGUGCUCCUGUGUCUCUGGGCUGCUCCACCACACGGUGCCUGCCCAUCAUAGCAUCCACCACCAGGUGGCCUUUUCCUUGGUUAGCCUGACGAGGAAGAUAAAGACAUUUGCAACCAAGAUGGUAAUCACGAGUGGAAAUGAUGAAGACAGAGGAGGUCAAGAAAAAGAAAGUAAGGAGGAGAGUGUCUUGGCAAUGCUGGGGAUUAUCGGGACCAUUCUGAACCUGAUUGUGAUCAUAUUUGUCUACAUAUACACCACCCUGUGAAUGGCCCAGAGCGUCCUCAGAGGCCUCGGGAUGGCCAGAGACGGAAGUCCUGCGUGUCGGCGUAUCACUGACCAGACCCUGCGAGAACCAGCAGGCUUGACCCACCCACACCACCCAAUCAAAUGCACCUUCAGACUUUACAGAAGGUCACACAAAUAGACCGAUCCUGCUGCAGGGAGCAGACACUAAAGCACAAUGAUUCCAACAAAACUCGUUCACAGCACUAGGAACUCAACGUCUUUGGCAGGGGGCCCGGAAGAAUGCUUGGACGACCAGCCUCUGACACCAUCGGUGAGCGGAUGGGUGCAGAAAUUCAUUAUUCCAGAUCGCUGAUGGAUAUCACAUAUUUGAAAAGAUGAAUAGGGCGGACACGGCUCAGAUGUGUGUCUCCCAGGACAAGUGUUUCAUCUUCACUUGACGAGCUAUUUAGUGGAAAAACCACAGGGGCAGCCCUUUGACAGGCAUCCCAUUCAUCAAAAGUGUCUAACUAUUUGAUACCGGGGAGAUAACUUAUUUUUCUUUUUUCAUUGGCUUGAUGUGUGUAUCUGUUCAUAUCAAGGUUUGUAAAUAUAUAUUUUUAAUAAAUGUGCUCUAUUUUUUAGCAUGAACCAAAUACUUGGAAAGGCACUCCCAGAUCCAUAGAGCUUUCCUUGGUUUUAUCUGCUUUGUCCCUUCCUCCCCCAACUGCAGGUGUUCUCUUGUGGAGCCAUUCUAGUCCUCUUGUCUCGUCUCGAAUCUUUUACUUUUGCGCUCUUGUUCUCUCUCUCUCUCUCCUUCUCUGUCUGUCUGCCUCUUUGGUCUGAAGGACAUUUUCCCAUACUACCAGCCAUGGUUUUGGUUGGUGCAUGUUUCAAGAUUGUCUAUUGAGCGGCUUUUUGUUGUUCUCUCGGAGAUAUCAAACGAUUGUGGGCAUGCAGACCUUAGAUGCACCCUAUCUUUACUGAGAAUUAUGCAUGAAUAAGGGCUGAGUGAUAGAUCAGCUUAAAAUUAAAAGGACUACCGUUGAGGAAGAAGAGCGUGGCUGUAUUUGCAGAUGAACUUUUGAACAGAAUAUUCAGCUUCUUAUUGGCAGCAUUAUUGUUUCAUUCUUGUGACCAUUCGUUUAUCAGAUUUUGAUUUUAGUGGUCAUGUACCGUGACAGUUGGGAAGAACAAGGCGGAAAGCUCAGAACUAGGUGCAUUACUCCUUCCUUGGCACGAUACCUGGGAUCCUCUUCAAAAGUGGGUGGGGUGUAAAUGACACAAGAACUCCCCCAUGAGAGCUCAUGGUGGUUCAGGCUGUGAGGACAGCCCUGUGACAAGUGACUUUUCAGGGGCAUAAGGAGGGGAUUUAAUGAUUGCCCUAAAGGACUGCUGCAUUUUUAAAGCCCCUGGUUUACACCCACGUGAAGCAACUUCCUCUCUGGCAGGGAUGGUUGCAUAGAAACAAAUUGGCUCCCUUCUCCUGGCUCCCUGAAAUGGGCCCUUGCCUGGCUGCAGUGACAUGGCCUAAAAGAGAGGGUUAGUAUUCCUUCUGCCAUUGCCAGCUGUAUUAAUCUGUUUUCACACUGCUGAUAAAGACAUCCCCAAGACUGGGCAAUUUACAAAAGAAAGAGGUUGAUUGGACUUGCAGUUCCACGUGGCUGAGGAGGCCUCACAAUCAUGGUGGAAGGUGAAAGGCACGUCUCACAUGGUGGCAGACAAGAAAAGUGAACAUGUGCAAGGAGACUCCCAUUUUUAAAGCAGAUCUCGUGAGACUUAUUCACUAUCAUGCAAACAGCAUGGGAAACCUGCCCCCGUGAUUUGGUUACCUCCCACUGGGUCCCUCCCACAACACGUGGGGAUUCAAGAUGAGAUUUGGGUGGUGUGACAGCCAAACUGUAUCACCAGCCUUGCCCCUAGGCAGAAGCAGCAGCAGUCUGCCUGGCUGGAUUCAAAUGAUUCUGAGGCUUCUAUAGUCUAUGCCUCCAGAUCUCUCCCUCACCCAUGCUGUGGUGUCUGAAAUUCCAUCAUUAGAGAGUCAUUUCUUGCUC